CGGAGCAAGAAAUCCGUACUCAACAUGACAGGACGAGGCAAGGGCGGAAAGGGGCUCGGAAAGGGUGGCGCCAAGCGUCAUCGCAAGGUGUUGCGUGAUAACAUCCAGGGUAUCACCAAGCCUGCAAUCCGUCGUCUUGCUCGCCGUGGAGGUGUCAAGCGUAUCUCUGGUCUCAUCUACGAAGAAACCCGUGGUGUCCUCAAGGUGUUCCUCGAGAACGUGAUCCGUGACGCCGUCACCUACACCGAGCACGCCAAGAGGAAGACCGUCACCGCCAUGGACGUCGUCUACGCCCUCAAGCGCCAGGGACGCACCCUGUACGGUUUCGGAGGUUAAACGUUUUCACCGUCAACUAUUACCACCAAAACAAACAACCCCCACCAAACCAAAAACCUUGGACCUAUCUUAGGUCCUACAAA